ACUGAUUUCCUCAUCAAACCCCGCCUCUCUCUCUCUCUCUCUCUCUCUCUCUCUCUCAGCUAUAACUAUGCUGUUGAAAUCUCUUCGUCUUUUCCGUCCUCUGCCUUCAAACCGUCAUCGACGCAAUAUCUCCGCCUCCAGCAGCAGUAGCAGCAUCAGAAAUGCAAAUACGGCAGAUAUUGCCAAAUACAGAGAAGCUUUCGCCAGGAGAAUGGUCAUGGCUGGAAUCAAACCCCAUCACAGAAUCGCUUUGGGCGUUUCGGGCGGACCAGACAGCAUAGCACUCUGCAUUCUAGCAUUGGGUUGGAAAAAAGAUGCCAUGAUUGGGAUGAAUCAGACUUCAGAUUACAUUGAUGGGCUUUUUGGCAUUGUUGUUGAUCAUAGAUUGCGAUCCGAGAGCACGGAAGAGGCUAACCAUGUCCGCAACAUGGUCUAUAAAAUGGGAAUCAGGUGCGAGAUCGCUUACUGUGAUUGGUUGGAGGGUAGGCCGAAGACCGGGCAUUUGCAAGAAGCUGCUCGGGAGAUGAGGUAUCAACUUUUUCAGGAAGUUUGCAUCCGGCACCAGAUAGGUGUCUUGCUUAUUGCUCACCAUGCAGAUGACCAGGCUGAAUUGUUCAUUCUGAGACUAUCUCGCAAUAGUGGUAUCCUUGGACUUGCUGGCAUGGCAUUCACUUCUCAAUUGUUUCCCCCAUAUUUACAUUGUUAUGGAAAAGAUUCUGCCAAUCAUGGAAUUCUACUUGUGCGCCCGCUUCUAGAUUUUUCAAAAGAAGACAUGUAUAAAAUAUGUGAACAGGGUGGUCAAGAGUGGGUGGAGGAUCCAACCAAUCAAAAUCCUUUGUUUGCUCGUAACAGGAUUCGUAUGUCAUUAAGAAAUCUAUCAACAAGUAUCUUCAGAUCAGAAUUGCAAGCUGUUAUCUCAGCCUGUAGGAAAGCACGAUCAUAUAUUGAUCAGAUAUGCUGCAAUUUAAUAGAUCAGGCGGUUACAAUCAUGGUUCAUGGAUAUGUUAUUAUUGAUUUAGAGAAGCUGGACCCAUCAAAUGUUGAAGACCUAUGCCUCUCGAAGUUUGUGGCAUUGGUCUUGCAGUUUGUCUCACAAAGGCAAAGACCAGUCCGGGGUAGUACUUUGCAGUCACUGUUGAACUACAUCCGUAACUUCCCAUGCAAGACUGCCCUUACUGCAGCAGGUUGUUACCUCUGUGCAGCUCCAGGGUCUAAAGGCACUAAAAUCCUGGUAUGCUGGUCCCCUGAUUCUCCUCUGCCAUCGAAGAUGAGAAUGGAAUUAUCUCACAAAUAUUCCUUUGAAGGACAGCAGUGUUGCUUACCGAGUGAGAUUGGGCAGAUUAUUGUGGAAGCAAAAUCAUAUUCAGAUCGCUUGCUUCCAGAUGCUUCAGAUGUUCCUUUUUUGCAUUUAACAUCUUCGGAAUCCAUUCCAAGUGAAGCAAGGAAACUCAAUCUUCUUAGUGAGUCAACCCAUGAAACCAUUCUUUCAUUGCAAAUGGAGGAAUCAAAGAAUUUCUCUCCCAAAACCGAACUUAAAUCCGAGCAUGAGUUAAGACAUCAUGAAAUGAGAUCUACCGGUAUUCCGAGUGUACCACUUCAAUCUGGACAGUCAUGUCAUUUUAUGAAUAGAUUCUUGGUCAUGUGGAAAGUGAGUGAGAAGACUAUGGAGGAUAGACUUCCUGCGGGAGCAACAGAUUUCGACUGGGACUUGAAGGAGAUGAAUCGGGAUUAUAUUUGCAGAUCUUGCAUAGUUGGUCAGGACAGAACAGCUGUUAUCCGUCACAUGGCUGAUGCUGAUUGGCUGUAUCUUUCUAAGCUGUCAAAGGGUCAGAUGCCAGAAGAAUUUCAAAAGCAAGGAAUUUUGCCAAUGGGUAAGAUCAAUCAUAAAGCAGCAAGGACAAUGCCUUGUUCAGAUUAUGUACAGUUAUCAGCUCAGAGAGCACUUCGAGCCUUGAAGUCUAUACCAGUAUCUGCAAGAAGAGGCCUACCUGUCCUGGUAGAUCCUCAGGGUCUGCUACUGAGCAUACCGAGCAUUUGCUUCAAGCACUGCCCUAAUCUAUCAGCUCUUGCCAUAUUCAAGCCAAGAGUGCCACUUGGGGGAGGUUAUAGUUCAUACAUCUGAUAUCCUAUGUGAGGAAAUUAUCAAGUUCCAGGUCAGUUACUUGUACCUGAAAAGGCUUAUGUCAUUUUUGUAAAUGUUUCUAUCUAAUGACAGCAGUAGAAAGCUGUUGACUGGCCCACCAGAGCAACAUCACAAGUGAAUGAUGGAGUUGUAGUUGAUGCUGAACUUCAAAACGGGUGUUCAUGUGUUUAUCUUAAGAUGGUUAUGUUGGCAUUUCACAUUCAUGAAGUGCACCAGAUAAUAGAAUGUGGAUCCAUUUUACCAAGCA